AGGUGCUAUAUAACGCUCUGACUGAUGUUGCAUGCGCCAUUAAGGAGCUGAAUCUUUGUGGACUGCAGUAUUUUGUCGCAAUUAAAAAUGAGGACUUGGGUUACAUAUAUCAUCGGCUUACACGUGGUGCUUAUCUUUGUGGAGUUGAGAUGGUGUUACAUACUUGAUAAUAAGGUUUUUGAGGGUGCGCGUAGACACAGACGGCAGGGUGCUUCCAAUGCGGCCGUGACAUGCAGCGAGCCUCUGGGAAUCAUACGGGACUCGGUCAACAUUCAGGUUGGCUUCACCAUCACCGAGGAAGCUAAUGGCGAAAGGGAGCCACCCAGUAUCUCCUUCCGGUCUCAAAACAGGGGUGAUAAUUCUUACAUUCAAGUAGAAUUUCAAGAGACGGUGUUGAUAUCCGGCAUUGUGGUCAAGGACAGUCCGCAUUCGGCGUCCCGGGUGACGCACUUCCGGGUUGCGUACAGCACCGACUGCACCAACUUCGCUACAGUCACAGACAGACAAGGCGAUGAACAGGAAUAUAUCGGAAAUAUGUUCUCCAAUACGACGACGACGGUGAUGUUCGAUCACGUGUUCAACGCUAGAUGCGUGCGCAUAGUGCCGACAAAGCGUGUCGGGGAGGACACUGCCAUGAGGUUUGAACUGCUCGGCUGCUCUCCCGCUAAAUGCAAGGGCUCUAUUACGCCAAGCUUCAUAGAGGGACCCGGCCCCGAACUCCGAAAAUUCGUUUUUGACAAGGAGAAGAUCAUCACGUCGAUGCGGAUCACUCUGACCGGUCCGGCUACCGAGCCGACGCCCGCGUUCAAGGUGGCCUAUGCCAGGGCAUGCAACUUCGACAUGGGUCAGUUCGUGAAGGAGAACGACCAGCCGAAGGAUUUUGAGAUAACGUACGGCGAAACCUCGAUAGUGAUAGAGGGACCGGGGUUCCCUAUCCGCUCACAGUGCAUUGCUGUGCUCAGCCUGUGGGAGAACAAACACGCCAUUGGGAAUCCCUCGGAAGCCAUGGAAACAGACGGAUAUCAAGUGACAUUCGAAGGCUGUAAUGCAUUGGCGCCGCAUGAACCCAUCGACUCGUGCGGCAAAACCUACAUUGUGGAACACGACAACAGGCGACGCCGGAAGCGCGUUGUAGGCGGCUCGGCAUCACUUCCGGGCGAGUGGCCGUGGCUGGUGUCACUGCACUUCAUGUUACCACACAGCUACACGGAUCGAUCAGGCCUACCUCAUCUGUGUGGUGCGUCACUCAUUCACCCACAGUGGCUACUCACUGCCGCCCACUGCUUCAUUGAAAUCAUGGGUUACGGCCUGUCGGACAAAAACAACUGGCGCGUGGUGCUCGGGGAACACGUGCAGGGUCGAGAGGACGGCACGGAGCAGAAGCUCACAUUGGACAAGAUAGUCAGACACCCCAAGUUUGUGCUGGCGACGGACGAGAAGAUUCUCUAUGAUAUCGCCCUGGUGAAGUUAAGCCGUCCCGCUCACAUGUCCGAGUAUGUGAACACCAUCUGUAUCGAGCCUAACUACACCGCGCCGGAUCACAGCCACUGCGUCACUGCGGGAUGGGGAGACUUGGUGGACGAGGGUGGGGGUGUGGAAAUGCCGCACCAUGCGAGUGUUGAGGUCGUACCCACUUCCGUAUGCGCAGACCGCUACAAUCUACUUCCGGAGAACGACACCGCGCGUAACAAUUUCGCAAUCGAGGACUCGGUUAUUUGCGCCACCGCUGAAGGCAGGGAUUCAUGUCAGGGCGACUCUGGCGGUCCGCUUGCGUGCUUCCAUGACGGCCACUGGAACCAGGUUGGCGUAGUAUCUAUAGGCAUUGAUUGCGCAAACUCGCGGUUUCCCGGGAUCUACACGCGCGUUAACCACUACUACGACUGGAUAGAGGCUGUCAUCGAGGCAAACUGAGCCACCAAAACACAUGGAAAGUGUGUAACCACGAUGUGAUGUAAAAACUUUCAAUGGACACUGCACAAUCACUGGUGCACCAUUGGGAAGAUACCGUUCGAAUUACUGGGAACUGGGAUAUCUAUCGAAAUGUUGGACAAUUACAACUCCAUCACUUUUAUUGAUGCUUAGACGAAUAUCUGUUCGAUUUGAAACAUAAUAAGAAUAUCAAUUCUAACCGUUUUAUCUUUUUUAAUCAACAUACGUACGGAACUGAAAACAACAUGCCAU